UGGUAGGGUGUGGUUAGGUGUACCAUUAGCUGGCAUUGUCUGUAAAAGGCUCAUCUCAAAAUCAACGGUUCAAAAACAGAGAAACAAAAAUAAAGAAUAUAUUUUACCAUUCUUCUGCCAUUACUCUCUCUCUCUCUCUCUCUCUCUCGUCGAACAUCUCUUCAUUGCUAUUUUGAAUUUAGCGGAUUGCUCAAGCUUUCGAGUUCGAAUCUUAAAGGGUUUUCUAGAGUUAGCAAAAAGACCAUUUCUUGAUUCUUGUGAAUGGAUUUGAGCAAGUAGAAGAGGAAAAAAACGAGACUCCUUUUCUGAAAUUUGCCGCGGAGAUGAGCGCUUCGAGGUUCAUAAAGUGUGUCACCGUCGGCGAUGGUGCCGUCGGAAAAACCUGUAUGCUGAUCUCUUACACGAGCAACACUUUCCCUACGGACUAUGUACCAACAGUUUUCGACAACUUCAGUGCUAAUGUGGUUGUUGAUGGGAACACUGUGAAUCUUGGCUUGUGGGAUACAGCUGGUCAAGAAGACUAUAACAGGUUAAGACCAUUGAGUUACCGUGGUGCAGAUGUCUUCAUUCUUGCUUUCUCUCUUAUUAGCAAAGCUAGCUACGAGAACAUAGCCAAGAAGUGGAUUCCUGAGCUCAGGCAUUAUGCUCCAGGUGUUCCUAUUAUCCUCGUUGGAACAAAACUCGAUCUUCGAGAUGACAAGCAGUUCUUCAUAGACCACCCUGGUGCAGUGCCGAUUAGUACCAACCAGGGUGAGGAACUAAAGAAACUGAUAGGGUCUCCGGCUUACAUUGAAUGCAGUUCAAAGACGCAGCAGAACGUGAAGGCAGUCUUUGACGCAGCCAUAAAAGUAGUGCUUCAGCCACCAAAGCAAAAGAAGAAGAAAAAGAAGAAUGGUUGUGUUUUCUUGUGAUCAUCUUUACCAAAAAAAACAAGAAGAAAAUUUAGGUAACAUUGUCUGGGUGAAUCUAGAGAGUGAAGUGUAGCCAAGGAUGAGUUCUUCUGGGUGUGUUGUUGUACUUUUGCUAUGUAAUGUAGACUAAUCUCUUAAUACAUUUUCUUUUCCUUUUUUGCUGCUGAAAUCCUGUGAACAGUCGAAUUUAAUUAAUUUUAUCAUCGUUGAUCUUCUCUUGGCUUAUUGUCA